AUGUAUCACUAUCGAUCUUACAGGUGUCCAUCGGCCACCGCGUGCCUAACUGCGGACGGAAAAAUUGGCCGAGGUGGCAACUCGGGCAAGAAGAAACAGUCCAGCGGACUACAAGUUCAAGAGGUUAAGGUCUCAGUUGCUGACCAGGCUGCGCUCGCUGCCGCAGUGGUACAGCAGCAGCAACAACAGGCAGCCCAAGUACAAUCAGGCUCUGCAAACAUGAAUAGCCUGUUUUCAUUUGGUCUGAUCAGCCCCUCCACGGCUACUAGCCUCGGCAGUCUGGAGGCGGCUGCAGCAGCAGGCGCCGUAUAUCAGAUCCAACCUGGCAGCAGCGCAGCAGUGCAGCUUCAGCACCACCUGCAGCAACAACAACAGGCUGCCGCGGUUGCCGCCUUUCAGCAGCAGCCGGCGACCCAAGCGGCCUACCACGCCCAACCACAACUCAUUUUCCAGCCGCAUCCACACGCCCAACUGAUACAACAGCAACACCUCCAGCAACAGACAUCUGGGACGGUAGUGGUGACAUCGGCGGCCCCGUUAUUCGGCGUCGCGGCACCUGCCACUGCAGCCAUCUCCCAUUGA